AGCUAAUUGACUAAUCAUAACAAUAUUGGAAUUUAUGGUUUUUUAUCCGUCCGCAACAAAAGUCUAAAAUAACAAUUGUAUAUAAGACACAAAACCUACCCAUAACAGACCCGGAACCGGAACGGCUUACUGUUAUGAGAAAGCUUAAAAACUAAUAUAAAGAGCUGGAAAUCUGUUUUUUUUUCUAAUGCGUCCACGAAUGCCAGAAGUAAGUAAAGUUUUCUGAUAGUUGUAACCACAAAGGGACCAUAUUGCCUCUAUUGUCCGGGCACAUUAGUGUUGGUUUUUCGAAGAUGUCACAAAAGACUACAGGUCGCAAUGAAUAUCUCGUUUUCAAUCGAAUCUAAUCUCAUUAGGUUAAACUUAAUCUCUCCUUAUUGGUUUUAAGUUUCAUAUAAUACUUUUUCAUAAUUUAUGACAUUCUGUUGUUUUCUUUGUCACGAAUUAUUAGAAAAUGAUAUAAUAAACAUAAAUAAAAGCAUUUACUUUUAUAUGAUGCAAUUAUCACCAAAACUCUCGAUAAUAAAACUCACUGCCAAUCAUAAACUUACGUGCAUGAGAAGUGCGUGUUAAUAAUAGACAAGUGAUUACUGUAAAAUAAGCAAAUGAUUACAGAAUUAAUCUUCAGAUUUAAGGAAUAAAACAUACGAUUAUUUCUACGCAACGUAGUUUGGUUAGCCCCUUUGACCGUAAGAUUAUAAGCGCAUGUAUUUGUCUAAAAUAUAAGUAUAUUUUAGUGCACGAUCAUCGAUUGACUCAGUGGUGAUAUUUGCAAAAUAAAAAAAGUCUUAAAUAACAACUAGUAAUUGGAUUAAUACUAAUAUAUUAUUUAUAAGUUUUUUUCCGAAUAUGAUUAGGGAUAGAACACAUACAGAUAUUUGAGAACUACUGGGAACGCCGUAACUAAGUACAUAUUAUAGGUCAAAAUCGCAUGUUGCGAAGGUACGAAGAUACCUACAUACAUACAUAAGUACACAUAGAAAUUAUAUUUUUUUUGUAUUUUGCUGAUUUUCUCAGUACGUUUCAUGCUGUGAGAUUGUGUGCAGAAGGCACCUCAAGCAAACGAGAACACGCGUCGAUAGAUCUAAUAAACGAUUGCAAGCCCUAACGCUGUCUAAAGGUGCAUACGUCGCUUGAACAAGAUCAGUUCGAAUAGAAGUCGCGAAUAGUACGGACGCCUGGUAGUGAUAUAGCAGUCGUGAUAUUAAAGCUGCGUAAUUACACUCAAACAACGCGAGUGCUUUUCUAUGUCACAACAAUAUAAAGUGUAAAAUUUACAAUAAACCCACAUACCUAUACAUAUAUAAAGGCCUAAACGUCAAUUUGUGGAUAACUCACUGUUCUUAUUUAUAUUUGCAAAGCUUGAACGUCAACGUCAAGAAGAAAAAUAUAAUACAUUUGUGAUACAUUUUCUUUCCUGGAAUCUGAAAGAGUAAAACUAAUAAUAAAUAAACAUGCCACCAAAUGCCACAGCAAAUACACAAUCGAUAACCAACUCUUUGGUUAACGGAGAUAGUGAAGAUGCGAAAUCACUGACUGAUAAUUCCACAGGUGUACUCUUCGAACAGGAUGCGGAAACCUACGAUGGUGGCCUUGUGAAGGACAUUGAAAAAUUGAAGAAAGCCGAGAAACGAAGAAUCAAGCUUGUUUGGAGAAAUAUAACCGCAUUCGUCUACGUACAUCUGGCUGCUGUAUAUGGUCUAUGGCUAAUGUUGACAUCGGCCAAAUGGCAAACUAUAACAUGCGCAAUGUUGUUAUAUGCUAUCUCCGGGCUGGGUAUUACCGCGGGUGCACAUCGCCUUUGGGCUCAUCGCUCCUACAAAGCCAAAUGGCCCCUGCGAGUUAUUCUAAUGAUCUUCAACACAAUUGCCUUCCAAGAUGCUGCCUACCACUGGGCACGGGAUCAUCGUGUGCAUCACAAAUAUUCCGAAACGGAUGCUGACCCACAUAAUGCCACACGCGGUUUCUUCUUUUCGCACAUCGGCUGGCUAUUGUGCAAGAAACACCCUCAAGUCAAAGCCAAAGGUAAAGGAAUGGACUUGUCCGAUCUACGCGCUGAUUCGGUUUUGAUGUUCCAAAAAAAAUAUUAUAUGAUUUUGAUGCCAAUUCUAUGUUUUUUGAUACCAACUCUAAUUCCGAUGUAUGCUUGGAAUGAAAAAUUCGUAAAUUCAUGGUUUGUUGUUGCUAUGUUCCGUUGGUGUUUCACCUUAAACGUAACUUGGUUGGUUAAUAGCGCAGCCCACAAAUUUGGUGGCAAACCCUAUGACAGAUUUAUCAAUCCAUCCGAAAAUAAAUCAGUUGCUCUUUUCGCCUUCGGUGAAGGCUGGCACAACUAUCAUCAUGUAUUCCCAUGGGAUUACAAGACCGCUGAACUUGGCGACUAUUCGCUGAAUUUGACUACGGCUUUCAUUGACUUCUUCGCCAAAAUCGGUUGGGCAUACGAUCUAAAGCAGGUGUCUCACGACAUUAUCGAAAAGCGCGUUAAACGUACGGGCGAUGGUACACACGCCACUUGGGGUUGGGGCGAUAAGGAUCAAUCUAAAGAAGAAAUGGCGGAUGCGUUAAUUACACACAAAAAAGCUGAAUAAAAUAUAUACGGCGUCCAGCAACGAGUGGCAGAUCAAAGUGAGCGUGUGUGUAUGUGAGAAGAUAUUGAUAAAUCUGUUGGAAAAUUUAGUGUGGGUGAAUUAUCAGCAAAACUAAUAGAGAUUGGCUGCUGGAGUAGUCAUCUCUUAGGUAAUAGUAAUACAAAAACUUGUAUAUGAAUAAUCUAGUGUUGUGAGUGUGUGGAGUUUUCAAACAAUACCGUACAAACAAUAUGGCAUGACAUCAAAGAGCUUAACAAGAUAAGUUUCGGUUUUUGCAAUGUAAACUAAUAAAUCAUUACACUGAAGUAAACUAGCAGAUCAAUUUCUUUUAUACAUACAAACAUAUGUACGAACACUUGAAAUUUUUAUUUAUUAAUUUUUUCCAUAACGUGUCUUGAAAUUUAAUAAUUAUACCGAGGGUCUCAUGUUCUCAGAAUUGUACGCUUGCACAUAAGUACAUACAUAUGUAAAAUAAAUAAAGCAAUCGUCUCCGGAAGUAGCGUACCUAAAUAUAUGCUUAACGAAUAUAUGAUGCAGUCAUACUCACUGGUGAUACCAUAUAAUUGGAUAAUAGAAGCGAAUUAAUUUAGAAAUAAAGAGAAUCGUCACAUUAUUACUAAGUUUAAAUUCUGUAUUGCAUAAAUGAAUAUGAAAUGUUUAUGAGACUUUAAAUGCAACAGGUGAAUUAAUGAUAUUUAAUGCGCUAAACACCACACAGCACACGCUAUUCAAAAACUACCAAAAAAUGGGGUUAUUAGUAUUUAUAAAUAAAAACAGAUAAUAUUAUAUAAAAUAUGUUAUUUCUAACAAAUAUAAAUAUAAACUAUUACAUAUAAAUUGUUGAGUAAUACUAAAAAAAAUACAAACGACUAUUUUUUAACAUUCUUAAAGUGAUUCCAUUAUUUUUAUGAUUGCCAAUGUGAACCAAAUAUAAUUACAAAAAGGAA